AUGGCAGAUGGGGGAUACGAAGUGAUGGGCCCGGCGCACGGUCCGCUCGCGCCGGCACCUGUCGGACCACCGGUUCCUAAGGGACAAAAAAUUACUGUAGCGCCGCCGAGUGCUCCGCCGCUGCCGCCAACCAUCAUAAAUCCGAAACGAUCGGAGAAGGAGGCGGACUCGACGUUGAUGAGCUCGUUGGAUCCGAAGACAUCGCGGACGAGUGUGUUGAGUUCGACAAUGGGCGAUACGAGUCGCCUAGAAAGUGUCGACAGCGGUGCCGUCGCAGUGACUCAACGUCCAUCGUCCCUCGACAUUGCUUGCUUCUCCACAGUCAUCUUCAUCACAAUUCUCGUCAUCUCCACCGCCAUCCCAGUCAUUUUGACCGGUACCGGCUCGGCGGAUAUCGAGUAUUUCAAGACGAAACUAUCUCAACUGGAAACCGAUGAUUAUGGCUGA